GCUCCUCACACGCACCUUCCUUGGGACACUGCCUCCCUGAAACUUCAAUUGAGCCUUUGAUUCAAGGUGUCGCCCAGUAGAUCGACUGCCUUCAUUGGUAUUGGGUCCGAGUACCUCCCCGCAUCAGAUUUUUUUUUUCUUGUAAACACUGCACUGCUCGCUCUCCUUACCACCUGACCUCCGUCUGGAAAAAUGGCCUCGGCCCAACGCGAUGAGCCCAAGAUGGUCGACCAUACUACCGGAGUAAAGCCAGAGCCACCGCCGGAGGACGAGGUUCCUCCUCUCACCCAUGUUAUCCCGACUAUUUUCGUGCCGCUCACGGAUGAUUUCUUAAAACCGAUAGAACCGGCGAAAGACAGAGUUGAGCGCAUGCAGCGGAUGAAGACGAGCCUGGACGCCAACGAGGCGAAGGUGCGGGACAACAUCAACUGGAUUUACGAGCGCGAGGCGCGACGGCACGUCACGGAGGCUCAGAAGGCCGGCACGCUGUCUCAACCCCGUGACCUGGCUCCUUUCGCCUGGGAGGAGGCAGACCGGCACCUUGCAAACAUUGCAGCACCGGCGAACCCAGGCGUCUCCUACCACCUACCGCCCGAGAAGAUCGCCGAGUUCCAGCGCUACGAUCAGCAGAAUGCCGGCCAGCUGCCUCCGGACGGCCUGUCUCCUCAUGAGAGAUUAGCUCGGGAGGUGCUUGCCAUUGCCCAACGGGGGGUCAGGGACAUGGAGGAGUACAGCACGUGCCACAUCAAAUCUAUUCGCGAUCAACUCGACAACAGCAUCGAGAGGGAGAAGCGGGCACAUGCUUGAUAGGCGGCGCUGGCUUCUUGCCACACUGACUGGACAAUGAGGCAACAUCGCAAGCAGUGUGAUGGUGCAAUUGCAAGGAUUUGCACACUACAAAUAUUUUUGGCUGGUGCCGUGCGCCGGGGGGCCUCACCAUUCAAUGACUGCCCUGUCAAUUGAAAUUGUGGCAGGUUUCUGGAUCAUCGUGGGUUUUGUAGAUGGAGUGAUGGCUCGCUCUGGUGUUGGAGAAUACUUAGUAUGCUCGCUGCCCAGGUAGAGAGGGUUGGUUAUCGGGCAUUCGAUCCCAAACAUCCCCCACGACCACGCUCAUUCAUUCAAUGACAAGCUGGAUCAUCUCUCCUUAUCACAGUCGCGAGGUUGGGUGGGAUGUAACGACCGGCGGUAAGAGGCAUUGCGCAUCGAGCCAAAUUGACUCUCACAUACUUCCAUAAUCGGCGUUAAGAAUUGAUCUGGAGCACAAGAUAGAGAAGAACCCGACUGAAGCAACCAUCUCACUUGCGCAAGACAGAGCUCAA